AUGGACCUGUUAUCUUGUUGUCUGAAGGACUUCGGGAAGAUUGUCACGGAAAUCUCCUUCAAAACAUUAAAUCAUGAUGGUAUUGAGGGCGAGUUCGUGCUCGAUGAGGAGUUCUGGACUAGGUCUCUCUUCUUUCGCCCAAGUACAGGAGCGAUUAUUGCGGCAAAGAAACACGUAGUGGCGGAGUUGAAUAAGAUGAAAGGCUUCUCGGAGCUGUCCAAGUUAUUUCGCCUAACGGCAACCAAGAACGGUUAUUUUCUUAGACUACCCUACUUUGCGCCGGAAACGGUCGAGAAGAUUUUGGGACUUCCGUUCGGCGAUAUGACUGUCCGCAACAAGCUUGAUGCCCUCAAGCAAAGAAAAGAAGGUGAAAACAGUGGGGAGCUAUAUACUUCACACGAUCUGGCACCUAUAUUUGGAGCCGUGGUGGAAAUCAAUGCCGAAAGCUAUUCUCCAUUUAAAGACGAAUGGCGUUUGAGGAUGGCGAGAGCGAGUGUAAAUGCCGCCGAACUUGCAUGGGAUUUGAUGGGGAGUAGCAUCACGAGAGAGUCAACUCUGUGCGGAUGUAUCAUUUGGGGUUACAUCAGCAACGAGAAUGUCGAUCGUGGCUAA